GUGGCACUGGUCGUGUGUGGGCUGAAGAAGCCCAACCAAUAGCUUCAUAGUCAAGCACAACAAACCUGCCCAACCAACCAGGACAGGAAACUGAAACACGUAACUGCUAAUAUCAAGGAAGAAGAAAGAAAUAUAGUUCUGGUGGGCGGCAACGUCGUGGUAUAGUUCGAUGAUUCGUCGACUGGUUCCUUUCUUCGCAGCUCGGAUUCGAGAGAAUCACCUGAGACUCCUCGGUUCGUCAUCCGCGUCAUCUUCCGUUCUCCACGAGCAACCUCCUCCUCCUCAGCCUUCCCAUUCCCAAUCUCAAUCUAUAGUUGCCGUUCACAUGACCGACAAUUGCGUCCGGAGAGUGAGGGAACUGCAAUCUCAGGAAGGCAAGGAAAAGAUGCUAAGAUUGAGCAUAGAAGCCGGGGGCUGUUCUGGUUUUCAAUAUAACUUUUCUCUUGAUGAUAAGCACAAUGAUGAUGACAGAAUAUUUGAGCGAGAAGGAGUGAAAUUGGUAGUUGAUAAAAUAUCUCUUGAUUUUGUAAACGGUGCGACUGUCGAUUUCGUUGAAGAGCUUAUCCGUUCAGCUUUCCAGGUAUCUUCAAACCCAAGUGCUGUAGGUGGCUGCAGCUGUAAAAGUUCCUUUAUGGUGUAGUAGAGUUCUGAUAUUUGUUUUGCUUCACUGUUCAGCACGAUUCAAGAGGUCAUUGGCAUUCUCCUUUUGGUCGUGAAUCUAUGCUACAUUUUUUUUAAUUUUUUUUUCUAGUAGGAGAAGGGUGGGAUUUAAGAAUCGGGGAGGGGGAAUUGAAUCUAUGCUACAUUUAUUGACUCAUAAUCCUAAUUAAUUUCAUCAAUGUUUAUUUGCUGUAUGGUUACUAUAAACAGCAGCUUGAACUUCAUAUAGAAAUUUGGGAUACUAUUCGUGAGGGGGAGAAAAGAAUGGGUAAAAAAUGCGAUGGGUGCAGGGGAAGAAAAUGAUAUCCUUUUGGUUGAGGUGAUUUGUCAAAUGACUGUCAUUAUUGAACUUGCAGCAUUGAUCGGAAUUCCACCAUAUGUAUAUGAUAUUCCACUCGUGUCAGAAAACAGUCAAAGAUGCUCUAUUUGUGUAUGGUGUGGUUAUUCUUCUAUUGCUAUUUGAUGUUCAGUUUUUCUGGUCAUGCGUCCUUUUUCAUUUGGAGACUUGUUCUUUCUCAGAGAGGUUUGCCAUCUUUUGACAUAAAAAUUUUCUUUCUUUAUCUAGGCUGCACUUUUAUUUAUGUCUAGUAAAUGCAGCCCUAUUUGAAGAAAAUUAGAUAGGGUAUUGUGCUUUUUUAUUUAUAGAUAGUUUGGUAGUUAUUAUUCCCGCUAUAGUUGGAUGGAAUUUUUGGACAUAUUAUUUAAACUAGAAAGGUGGACAUUAUCAA